ACAUAUGACGUAAUGGUGACGUCAUUCCUAUAACGUUAACAAACAAAAUGCCUUCAAAGAAAUUAUUAUAUUUGAUAUAUAUUUACUUUAUUAUCGCUUCAAUUUCGAAAGCAACUGAUGAACUAGAGGAAAUCGCACGUGUCGGCAUAAUUGGGGCAGGAAUAGGUGGAACGUCUGCAGCUUAUUUUCUGCGGGACUUGUUUGGAGACAAAGUUCUGAUUGAUAUCUUUGAGAAACAGCAUGUCGGUGGACGCUUGGCUCCUGUCACCAUCGGUGGCCACAACUACAAUGCCGGAGGAACCAUCAUACAUCCAGCCAAUCUUUACAUGCUCAACUUCACAGAUAUUCUAGGUUUGGAGUGUGACGCCCACCCUGAGCCUGGCCGGCUUGGCAUCUGGAAUGGCGAAGAGGUGAUGUUCUCCACCAGUGAUUACCUACCUGUCACAUUGGCCAAGAUGUUCUGGCGAUAUGGCAUGGACGCUUACAACAUAAAAAACUGGGUCCAGGAGAAUACCCUUGCCUGCAUGACCAAUCUGUACAAGUUCCAGCGAGAUGGCCAUGCAUUUUCCUCAGUAGAGGAUCUUCUUAAUGCUAUGUGUCCCCACCUGGUAGAUUUCACCCGUCUCUCCAUUCGUGAUCUCUUCAAGAAAGACGGCUUUUCGGACCGAUUCAUAGAUGAGUUUGUGUAUGGUGCUCUCCGUAUCAAUUAUGGUCAGACUAGUGGUAUCCAUGCACUUGUUGGGUCAGUCUCGAUGGCAGGGGUGGAGCCAGGACUAUGGAAUGUUGUCGGAGGUAACCAGCAGGUGCCCCAAGGCCUGCUGCGUAAAUCUGGUGCCAACCUCAUCAGGGGAAAGGUGACAACGGUGUCCCUAUCAAGCGACGAAUCCCCACCUGUAUACCAGAUUGACUAUCUUCCCGGCACUUCUACAAACAAGGACGAUAUUAACUCCAAGGAAUAUGACAUUGUCAUUGUUGCUACUCCACUGUAUAAGGGAGUAUCCAACAUAAAGUUUGAAGACUUUCAGAAAGAUAUCGAGCCAGUCCACUAUGACUUUCACUUGACAGUUGCCUCUUUCAUUGAGGGAUUACCGAAUUCUAGUUACUUUGGUUUUGACUCAGUGGACAGUUUACCAAGCUGCAUGAUGACCACAAACGAAAGCUUAUUUUUUAAUUCACUCUCAAAACAGAAGCCAGUCUCGGGUAAAACUGCAGAAAAACCUGUCUACCGGAUAUUUUCAAACAAGGUUCUAAAAGUAGAUGAAUUAAAACAGUUAAUUCCAGAAUGGUCUGAUCUAAAAGUAGUUAGUUGGAUGGCGUAUCCAGAAUACCCAUCCUCGUUAAAGAAUUUACCCUCAUUUACACUUCAUGAACAGAUGUACCAUAUUAAUGCAAUAGAAAUGGCAGCCUCUGCUAUGGAAAUGAGUGUGAUAGGGGCGAAGAAUGUGGCCUUGCUAGCCUAUUACAGAUAUACAGGUCAAUAUGAUAAGAUUGAUGAAUUGUUAACCAAUGACUCCAGCUCUGAAAAGACAGAGUUAUAGGUCAUUAGGAAUGACUAGGAAAAGAGUUCAAACUGCUUCAACUUAUAUUUUUUAAGUCUAUUGAACUUUUUCACUUGCAACCCUCCUGGUACUUGUAACAUCCAUCCAAUAGAUUUCUGUGCAAUAUGUUCAAAUGUAAGAUUUCAUUAACUGGUUUUCAACCAGAAUGCAGGGAUGUCGUUGGACAGGCGGGCUGGCGUCAAAUAAUGAUUUCCCCCAAUAACUUAAGCUAGCAUUGAUAGGUAAUGACGAAAGUUGGUGUGUAGGUAACUUAUGUGAAGAACUAGCUUAGGAUUGCUUUUUAGGGGGGUGGUCAAGGUCACUGUUACUAUAAAUAGAAAAAUGGUUUAUGCCCAACAACUUCAGUUAGAACUAGAGAUUGCUUUUUUGAAAAAGCGCUUGUCUCCCCUAUUGUGUGGUCGUAGCUGAGAAAAAAUAAAUGAUGGACAUGAAAUUUGUAACUUUGGACUGGAGACAAACCAACAGUGAAGUUUGGUUUAUUCGAUUAUAUUAAAUAGUGAAGAGAAGGUCACCACGACCUUGACUAUUGACCUUGUUACCCCCAAAACAAUUGGGAUCAUCUAGACAUCAUGACCAACCUCACUUCAAAGUUUGGUGAACCUAGAUCAAAGCAUUCUCCUGAUAUUGCACGGAAAUAUUUUUUUACAUUAGAGGUCACAGCGACGUUGACCUUUGACCUUGUGACCCCCCAAAAUAUAGGAGUUUUCUAAACCUCAUGAUCAACCUCCCUACCAAGUUUGGUGAACCUAGGUCAAACCAUUCUCAAGAUAUUGAGCGGAAAUGUUUUUUACAUUGGGGGUCGCCGCGACCUUGACCUUUGACCUAGUGACCCCCAAAACAAUAGGGAUCUUCUACACCUCAUGACCAACCUCCCUACCAAGUUUGGUGAACCUAGGUCAAACCGUUCUCAAGAUUUUGAGCAGAAAUGUUUUUAUAUUGGGGGUCGCCGCGACCUUGACCUUUGACCUAGUGACCCCAAAAACAAUAGGGAUCCUCUACACCUCACGACCAACCUCCCUACCAAGUUUGGUGAUCCUAGGUCAUGCGGUUUUCCAGUUAUCGAUCGGAAACGAAGUGUGACGUACUGACGGACUACCGGACUGACGGACAGGGCAAAAACAAUAUGUCUCCCCCAGAGAGGGGGAGACAUAAUUAAUGGAAACUAAACACAUAAGAUAAGUUAUUUUCAGUUACACCCCUUUUUGAUGAAAGUUAAGAUAAAGGCUCCUACAUUUUCCUUACUUACGUUCAAGAAAUUAAUUUUUGAUUGCCCGUUUUAAAAACCUGGUUUAGUCGCUGGUUUUGGCCGUUAUGUUUCACAAGGAAACAAAAGCCAUGAAGACUUAUCAUAUAAUUUUUUGGUAUAUUAUGGUGCUAUUGUGAAUAUAUGUGUGCAACACUGUAGAAAUAAAUGUUCUGCAAUGACAGGAAUUAUUUUAUCUGGCGUCUUUGUCGGUGUUACAUUUUCAUUUCCAAUCAAUAUCCUUUUAAUAACUUGUUGAACAGAUUAUAAACUUGGUACGCGUAUUGGGCAUGAUCAGGCGAUGACCCAAUUGAUUUUGUGAUUAGUAUGUUAAAGGUCAUUGUCAUGAUAAUCACUCUCAACACAUCUGAUUUGUGGAAUUCAAGUUACUACUUAUUAAAAUUGAUUUUUGUCUUAAAUGAGAUUCACAUGCAAAUAAUUAUGCAAAUAGGAAGCUUGCUCCACUUGGUCACUUGAAAUUAUUUGUCAGAGUAAUUCAUUGGAAUAUAGGUCAUGAUAUUGUCAUUUAUGAGAUUCUUUUAUAUUUAUUACCUUUGAAAUCAAAACUACUUUCUUGUUUUUCAUUUCCAUUUAAAUGCAAUAAUGGCAAUAAACAAUUAAGACAAAGUUACCGUAUUCGGAGACAUUGGGAGACUGGUUUUAUUGAUGUAUUUUCGAUGUGUGUUUUUCAUGGUUUUUAAGACAAAAAUGCACAUCUCUAUAUAUAAUUAUAUAUUUGUUCACUAAUAGUAUUAAGGAGCAAAGGUUUUUCUGUUGUAGUUCUUUAAAGACUUAGUUAUUAAAUUAUUCUUGAUUAUUUUUGGCGGUAUUCAUGUGCAUCUUUUAAGUAUUCUAAAAUCAUUUUCAUUAGUAUGAAUAAUUCAUGUAAAACUAUUUCAUUUGAUCAUUCAAUGAUCUGUUGUUAUUGUUUUCCAAUAUCUUUUUCGGACAUAUUAUGCAGUGAUUCUCUUUCAAAUCUGAUUGAAUGCGUGCCUUGAACUUGCAUUCUCAUAACCAUAGGGCCUGGGAAAAGUCCCAAGCCUAGAUUUGUGCUUAAACAAUACAUGCUGCUAAUGCACAAGUUUGAGUGAAAUGGGUCCUCAAGUUAAGCAAUUUGUGUAAGAGUGUGCAGCAAAAUGACUCGCCAACAUAUUGUUUGUUGUUUAUAAGAUAGAAAAAGUACUAAGACCUGCCAUUUGGUGUAGCUGGACCAUAGUAAUAUGAAUGAUCACCAUGUUAUAUCUACUCCCAUUCCAAAAAAUUAUGUGUUAUAUGACUGGAAACACUGCUAACAUUCGUAUGUAAUAUUUAAUUAUGUUAAUUGAUUCUAGACAAUUUCUGUUAUUUCAUUAAACAAGAUAUAUAUUAUAUAUGUACAAGUGCACAAGCAUGUGUUCAUGUUUCUUCUGUUUUGUUUUAGCAAAUAAAACUUGAUUUCACAA